UGAGGAAAAUUACCCCAUGUCUAGCAUCGCUAGGGAGUAACCUUUCCUGCUCAUACUUCUCAUAACAGCCCACAGCUUUCUAAAGAACAGUCGCCCCCAUAUUGCAGGGGCGGUAACGUUAGCCUCUUUUCUGCACUCAGCAGCCUUUUUCAUACUGCCUGUGCCCACCGGCUGCUGGACCACCGACUGUUUUGAAGCUCACUCUUAAGCAAACCAAUUAUAACGCGGUUAUUAACAACAAGAUGGCUACGGAAAACUUGGAAAUGAACGGUGAUGCUGACCGAAACGGCGACGCGGAGGUCCCGCUUCGAGGCCACUGGAGGCGGCAACAGGGGCCUCUGAACAUGAACCAUUAUGCCAAUAAGAAGAGUGCAGCAGAGAGCAUGCUGGAUGUGGCUCUUCUAAUGGCUAAUGCGUCCCAGCUGAAGGCUGUGCUGGAGCAAGGACCCGACUUCACCUUCUAUGUGCCCCUUAUUACUCUCAUUAGUAUCUCCCUCAUCCUGCAAAUCAUUGUGGGAGUUCUGCUCAUCUUCAUUGUUAAGUGGAACCUGAAUGAUGAAAACAUGCACUACAAGCUGAACAUCAUGGAGAAUUUCGCCACAGCCUUCGUCUUUAUUAUAGUCGUGGUCAACGUCUUCAUCACAGCCUUUGGUGUACAGCGACCCAACCCAAGUGCUUGAUCACCCUUGACGUGACUACCCAUGCCUGCUGAUCAACUUAGUAAAGAUGGACCUCCACAUUCUUUAUGCUAAUGAACAGGAUAUUUAUUCACCAAACUAGGCUAAUAUAUAACAUACUGAGGAUCAGGUAGUGAGUGGGUGAGUGAGUGAGUGAGUGAGUGAGUGUGUGUGUGUGUGUGUGAGUGUGAGUGUGUGAGAGAGAGGUGUUUUCUUCUCUAACUAUGGCUAUGGACAAAUUUGUGGUUACGGUUUCAUUUCAUGUGGGAAUUGUGUUACCUCUUAUCAUGCUCAGGUUACUGAUGCAAAUACAUGAUUGCCUUUGCUUGUUAACAAAUAUCAGGAGCAAAAUACUGUACAUCAUUCAUAACCGUUGUAAAUGUUUCCUGAGG